CUUCUUUCUUUUCGCUUUAUCUCGUGUAUACGCCAACAUGGGUUUCGCUACUCUCUGGUACUCGCAUCCCCGCAAAUACGGCCAAGGAUCCCGGUGCUGCCGCGCCUGCUCCAACCGUCACGGUUUGAUCCGUAAAUAUGGUCUGAACAUUUGCCGUCAGUGCUUCAGGGAAUACGCCGGCGACAUUGGCUUCAAGAAGCUGGACUAAAUGUCUACUAUAAAGAAGAAGAAGAAGAAGCAACAACUCGGCAUAUUAAUAUAGGAAGCCGUCAAUAGAGGACUUCCUAAAUUAAUAUGCCGGCAGCAGCAAUAACAAACAGCAACAACAAUAUAAUCAUCUGGGGAUUUAAAUGACGACAAAGCGAAGAAAGUGUGCAAACGACGCGCAUUCAUUCCUCUCAAGCACACACACAUAAUUUAAUUUAUAAAAGUUGCCACCACUUUGUCUAAAAAAGCAAGAAAAAGUAGUUUGUUUAAAUCUCCCUUUGAUUAAACCCAUAACAAGCUAUGUAAAAGUA